UCGAAACAUCUUAGUAAACUCAUUCAAAAAGACUGUCACGAACAUUAAUUUUUUCUGAUUUCUUUCACCUUUUUUCGUUUUCGUUUUGCCUUGUUUCUUUUUGUAACUAAAACAGUAAAUCGAAAACAAUUCACAAUAUGGAUGAUCAUAUUAUAAAUACUGAAAAUCUGAUUUGGGCCAUUAAGAAUGGCGAUUUCAAGGCAGUUCAAACGGUUUUUCUAAAUUCCCAAUUCGAUGUUAAUGAUCAACUGGGCGAACGUUUUCCCUUGCACUAUGCUGCCGAUUUUGGUCAAUUGAAAUUGUUAGAAUUCUUUAUUAAAAUUGGUGCCGAUGUGGAUCGAAAGGAUAAAUAUGGCAUAACCCCCAUAUUGGCUGCCCUAUGGGAAGGUCACACCGAUUGUGUCAAAUGCCUAUUGCAACAGGGUGCCAAUCGACAUGGUCAAACGCCCAAUGGACAGAGUUAUGCUGAGGCCGCCGACAAUGAAGAGAUCAAGAGCCUUCUGGAGAGCCCAUAAGGAGAUUGUGAUUCAUUCAUCCAUGGAUCUAUAAUCUUCCCUGAAUCUGGAGUGUCUGUCUGUGUGUUUAUUUCUUUCUUUUUUUGUGUUUGCCCGUUCAAUACUAAAUUCCUUUUUAUGAGAAUAAA